ACAGAAACAAGGAACACCGAUCGAUCAAAAAUGCAGUGGCGGUGCUCCAAGAACGCCGCCCUGGUGGUGGUGGUGGUGGUGAUGAUGAUGGCUAUGGUGGCGGCUAUCCCACCUCUCUGCAUGGCUCAAGCAGAUGACAUUGAGGGCGUGGUGGUGCUUGAGGAUGACGGCUCGCUGCACAUCAACAGCAGCAGCGUCGGCAAGGUGUACAUUGACGGCGAAGAUGUGGUGGCAGAAUUGCAGGCAACGAGGAAGUUCAUCGCCGCACUCACCUCAACCCCAGCGCAACACAUCCAACUUGCCAACCCAGAGGUGACUGUGUUGUUCGAUGGAUCAGGCCUCGUCAUGAGCGACAAGAAACUGGCCUCGUUCUCCUUCGGGUUCGUACCGUUCUUCAACAACAGUAUCAACCUCGCCAACAACCAGCUCACCUCCAUCGACUUUAACCAAAUCACCCACGUCGGUGGUGGCAUUGAUCUCAGCCACAAUCACCUCACCGUCAUCGACUUUGGCAACAUCACCAGCGUGAGCUCCAUCUACCUCAACUACAACGACCUCACCUCCGUCAACUUUGGACAGAUCGCCGGCGACGCUGGUGACAUCAACCUCAGCCAUAAUGACCUCACCACCAUUGACUUUGGACACAUCACCAGCGUCAGGUCCAUCUCCUUCGACAGCAACAAGUUCACGUCCAUUGGCUUUGGGCAGAUCAUCAGCGUUGGCGGUGACAUCGAUCUCCACUAUGACUACAACAAUGUCCAUCUCACCUCCGUCGACUUUGGCAACAUCACAAGAGUGGGUGGCGACAUUCUCCUCUUCACCAACGACCUCACCUCCGUCGACUUUGGCAAAAUCGCUAGCGUGGGUGGCGAUAUCGACUUCAGAAACAACUAUCACCUCACCUCUGUUGACUUUGGCCAGAUCACCAACGUGGGCGGCAAAAUCAGACUCACCAGCACCGACCUUACUUCCGUCGAUUUUGGGCAGAUCCUGAGCGUAGGCGGCGACAUCGAAGUCUAUCACACCUACACAAGCAACAACCUCAUCUCCAUCGACUUCGGCAACAUCACCAGAGUGGAUGGCAGCAUCAAGCUCUACGACAACGACCUCACCUCCGUUGACUUUGGCCAGAUCACCCAUGUGAUCUCAAUUGACCUCCACAACAACCCUCUGACCUCGGUCGAUUGUGCUAACGUAGGCUUCAGCGGCUGCCUCUGUGUUGAUGCAGGCGUGACGCUCACCAACUGUCGUCGCCUGUGCACAAGCUCCAACUGCGCCCACUGACACCCAGUUCUGGAACUGCCACGCGACCAUGCACAACCCCCUUGCCCGUCUGUGCUCUCAUGUUUAUUUCUGUUGUUAUGCGACGUGAGACGCCACAUCACCCGUUACCGCGUGGCUUAACUUCUUCUUCCAUGCAUGCUUCCUUGCGCGUUACUUGCCAUUGCGUUUGUCGGCCGCCUUUACUUUUGUUGCCCUUUGAUCGCUUUGGCCUGCUCGUCCCAGCUCGUGCCCCUCCACACUACACACCCCUGGCAAUAAUGUGACCACCCGUUAUCGAACAGCGCUCCUUGCUUGUUAUUGAGUUGAGUGGCUGUCCUGCUUCACUACGUCACAGCCCCUGAUUGGUUCAAUUCGCCGUGCUUGGCAAUCGAUCAGAUGAUCACUGUGACAACUUUUGCUGCUCCACACUGUCCUUUGGUUUUCGUUCAUGGCUAGUGCCUGCACGUUCCCCCUUCCCUUCCUUCUUUCCUUCCUUCCUUACCUUCGUCGUCCUCGCUGACACAUUCACACAUUCACACAUUCACACGCACACACACGCACGCAGGGAGGGUGUGCGCACCGUCUCUCCUCCCUUCUCCUCCCCUUCUCCCUUCCAUCCUUCCUUCCAUCCAUCGUUGUCCAUUUCCUUCUCCUGUGAUGAACCACGCACAACCAACCAACCAACCAACCAACGACCACAUGAAUGACCCAUCCAUCGACAGAACAACUGCCAUCGGCCACCGACAUGCAGCGGCGGCCCUGAGAAUGGAUCAUGCAACCUCUCAA